AUGGCAAGCGAAGGACUUUCGAAGCAGAGCUACGAUUUCCACCAGUACGCUUGCUUCAGACUUCAAAAAGAUUUUGACUCAUCCGAGGAAGUUCCUCAGCUGUGGGAUCUCACUCGGACACAUCCACUGAGCGCGUCGGCUUCGGUCAGGAACGCACCCCCAGACCAAGAACAAAGCUUGACACUGGGCCAUAGCAUUAACAUGUCUUUCAAACGCGAGGUUGGCCUUCCUUCUCAUCAGCGAGAACAAAGCACUAACCCUGGCCAGUCUUCACUCACAGGGCAGCAGAGUCCCGACGAGCCUGGCACAAGAAAAUCGCGCAGGACAUCGCCUCACCCUCACAACAAAUUCGAGCCAGAGGAGGAUUCGUUUCUGCUUGGAGUUCAAAGACCGGAGCCCUCAGACGUUUUUGACUUUCUUGAGCCAUUUCACCGGUUGUCGGACAUGAAAAUCGGUUCUCCUCCUCCGUCCAAUGGUCCAGAUGAUAAAGAGCUGAAGGCCCUCCUCAUGGCCAUGUUUCGCUGA